ACUGUAGGUUGUAGCCUUUCAUAAGAAAACAUGUUCAUGUCCGCGCGAGCGCGUGCAUGCGCACGGCCGAGCGCGCACGUCUUCCUCCGUUUUCAGCAAGUUUGGAUUUGAAACUUGGAGCUGCCAAGAGUUUCCGUGUGUUUUCACGCCCAGACUGCGUGAGAGUGGAGCCUUGUACAUAAAUAAGUUUGUUUCACACUGACGGGACGUGAAUGAAGGCGCCUGGUGCCCCCACCAGACCUUCUGGACACCUCUGAGACUUUCAUGCCGUGAUGGACAAAGAGGUGGUUCUUGAAGAAGAGGACAUGGAGGGUUCCUGGACGCUGCUGUCUUUGUUUGCGUCCCUCCUCAUGACGUUUGGGGGGGCUCUGCCAUAUGUUCCACAGUUUCAGGAGAUCCGAAGGAGGAGCAGCUCUGAAGGUUUCUCCACCAGAGUCUGCCUGGUGCUGCUUAUUGCCAACAUCUUACGCAUAUUCUUCUGGAUAGGGAAGCAGUUUGAGCUGACCCUGCUGCUGCAGAGCGUGGUGAUGAUCCUGACCAUGUUCAUCAUGCUGCACCUCUGCUGCUCAGUCCAAAGCACAAACCAAGUCAGCACCAAGCAGCACCGGCUCACAGACUUGAACUGGAACUACUUCUGGAAGUGGAGUGCGUUUGAGGACUACCUUCUCUUCUGCUUCGGCCUCACCGUGCUGUGUGCUGUGCUCACCCUGCUGCUGCUGGACUCUGUUUGUGUUUGUGAGACUCUGGGCUCGCUGGCUGUGAUGUUCGAGGCCAUGCUCGGUAUCCCACAGCUGCUGCAAAACUUCCACCACCGCUCCACCAAAGGAAUGAGUGUGAAGAUGGUGCUGCUCUGGAUGGCCGGAGACGUCUUCAAGACUUCCUACUUUGUAAUGAAUGAAAGCCCGGCUCAGUUCUGGGUGUGUGGUUCAGUCCAAAUCCUGAUUGAUGUGGCCAUCCUGCUGCAGGUGCUGCUUUACAACCAAGACACUCGAGCCAAGCUUGGAUAAAUGCUGCCGUUGUUAGAACAUCAGAGUGGUGCAGCUUCUGCUAACGCCAUGGAUACGAUCUGCUGCAGCUGGGUGCACCCUGCCACCUCUAUUUCUUAGUUUGAUGAAAACAAAGUUGACUUCUGGCGACAUCGAGUCAUAAAUAAUCUACACAAAGUUCUUAGCUUCUUCUGAUCAAGCUAAGACAACCGGAUCCGCUGACGUCGCUAGGUCUGUUUUAGGGGGGCUGAAGCCCCCGUACAAUAUUCACCCCCCCAUUAUUUUGGUUAUCUUAUUUUAUUUUUUUAUUUGUUCACAUCUACAUGCUCAACACAAUCAUGACACACGUGUAGCUGGUACAUGAGUUUUUUAGUCUGAAACAGAAAUAAUAAUGAAUGAAUAUAGAACUACACCGUCGCACACAGGAAGUAUCAAGAAAGGACUUCCUCCACUUCCUUAACCCUGACAGCUAUGCUGACAAGUCAGGGGGCGGGGCGAUACAGCAAGACCUAUAUAUGAUGAGCAAACCCUGCUCAGCGCUUGUGUGCAGGAGCUGCAGCCCUCUGUGGGCUCAACUCUGUCUCUGCACAUGCAAAUCUCUCCCUGCUCUCCUCAACAAGUAGCCUCUCCACCAGUCAAUCACAGACAGCUCUGUUUUAUCCAAUCAAAGCAUGUCCAGGAAACACUGCUUUACAGAAAAACACCCAUUUAACAGCUUAUUGAACUGCUUUCUGCUGCUGGUUAGCUACCAGUCACCAUCCACUGCCUGCAAAAUACUUUGUUGUAAUUCAUGUGUCAUGAUUAGGGUGACCAUAUUUGACUUCCAGAAAAGACACAUUGCCCAUUCCUAAAACUGUUAAAUUGCACUAUUUUCAGUUAAAGAGGACUUUUAAUUUCAACAUAUAAAGUGUUUCUUCUCUGUUUGGUCAGACAUAAAUGAUCCCUUGAUGUGUAAAAGGAAGUGAACAGUGGAAAUGUCCCAGGAAAAGAGGAGGGUUAAUCAACCUAAUUAAAUAUAAUUAUAUAAAGUCCUCUUUAUCUGAAAAAGUGCAAUUUUCCUGGCAGUAUUUCCCGGACAUGCUUUGAUUGAAUAAUGGAGAGCUGUCUGAUUGGCUGACGGAGAGGCUACAUUGCUUUGUAAAUUGCAAGUUGAGCAACAGCAGGGAGAUUUGUGCAGGCAGAGACGGAGGUGAGCAUGCAGAGAGAGGGCUGCACACGACUGCAGAGCAGGUUGUGCUCUUGCAGAUUGAUCACUGCACGCUCCAGUUGGUGGCACAAAAAUCACUCCACACUAUAAACCUGAAUCAGAAUAUGUGUAUAUUAUUGACCAUUUUUCUAUAUUAUACAUUUUUUAUAUAAUAUAUAUAGUAUUAUAGGUACAUAUAUGUGUCUAUAAUAUAGUAAACAGCCAGUUUUAUAUAUGUCACAUAUAUUCAAAAGCUAUAUCAAAACAUAUAUUCAAACCUAUAUGUUUAUAUGAAUUCUUUCCAUGUGGGUUGUCAGUUGCUUAAUAUUUGUUUACUUAUGGCAAAGAAAGGAGAUAUUGUACUCGUCUAUCUUUAACAUACAUUUUGGCAGCUUAAUGUGACGUUAUGGACAAUGCCAUCAUCAUGAGCAACCAAACAUAGGCUAUAUUAGGCUAACAGUUGUCCAUUUUCUGUACCAUUUAUCCACCAAUGGCUGUUUCAGUUAUUGUGAGUGAAAACUAAAUGGCGUAGUAGCAUUUGUUCUGGCAUUAGAAAUUGAAAAUGUUUUCAUUGUGUUGGCUAGAUGGAUAAACGAAGAUUUCUUAAGAGAGUGAGUGAGGAACAGGAGAGAGACCCGGUGGUUGAUGCUGAGGAGAUCUGCAUGGUCGAGGUCAGUGAUCUACAGAGAAAACAGGGGCGAGUGCACCGUUAUGAAAGAGGUGUAGUGCAAUGCUUUCCUAAAUUUGACUAAACGAUGCAAAUGCCACUCAUAAGCUGAAUCACAACCAUAGGAAAAGGUUUUCAGCUGAACUUUGACCUUUGCAACAGGACAAUGUAACUAAUGUAACAACUAUUGUUAGAUGUGUGUGCAUUUAUUUAACAUCAUCCAGCAAUCUUCGAGGAUACGACACAACUUUAACUUCAGUGUUUCCUCAUGUAGUUUUCGAUAAAAAGCAGAGAGAAAAUGCACGAAGGUAGGAAAGGAAAAGAAAGUGAUAAAAUAACAGCUUUUGGUAAAUAUUCUUCAAAUAAUGGAUUCAUUGACUACGUUUUUGCAGAGUUUGACAUAAAAUUUUCAAGGUCAAGCUCCUGGGGCUAAGCCCCCCCCCAUCUCUCAAUCCUAGUGACGUCCAUGACCCGAUCGUUCUGCAGAACCAGAUAAAACAGUAUUUAUGUGCAUUUUUACUUGUUUUUCUAUUAUUUAUUUGCUCUCCACUCUUGAGUUACUUGUAUCUGCAGCUUUCUAAGAGCAGAUCUCUGCUGGUGUGAGAGCAACCAGAGCACCCAGUACUGCACCAGUACAGCUCCACAGGACUAUUUCACAACCGUCACUCCUCUGGACUCUCCUUGUUAGGUGUGUGCGUGUGUGUGUGUGUGUGUGUGUGUGUGUGCGUGCGUGUGCGUGCGUCUGGGACGUAAUUUUGGGGGGGGACGGGUGGGACAUGUCCCCCCCACUUUUUCAAAAGGCAGUUUUGGUCCCCUGCACUUUUUUCCGUCCAAAAACAAUGUUACGCUCCAUUAAAUGGAUUUGGUUGAGCACUAGGACCGAAACGGAAACCGGUUUCCUAUUAGACCCGCCCAAAAGCUAAUCUAUUGGCUCUGCUGAUACUUGCUAACGUAUUAUUGGCUGUUGCUGCUGUCACUCAAGUUGGAAACAGUCAGAACGUGCUCACGUUGUUUUGCUAGUUUGGAGCCGCUAGGGAACACCGGUACUGAGUCACAUCGUCAACUAGACGCUGUGUAAUAUCAGAGCUCAGCUCAGCUUCCAUUACAUAACAUUUGAAUAAGUGUUCAUUUGUGAGUCUUUGGUAGUUAGGCACAGCCAGGAGGCAGCAUGUCAAGAAAACGAAAAGUGGAUAUAAGAGACUUCUUUCAAAGUCAAAACGUAAGUUGGACAUGUGACACCCCUGCAUUAAGCUCAGACUCACCUCCUCCUUCACAAACAUACUCAAAACUAACUUUUACAAACUCAUCUCCUCCACAUAACUGACUCCUCAGACACAAGUUAUUCGUAUUAUUAUAAUUAUUAUUUUUUUAUUAUUACUAUUAUCAUCAUAAUUAUUAUUACUAGUAGUAGUAGAAGUGUAACUUCAAAACUUUUAUCAUUUAACUUUAUUGUAAACUUAUCUAUUGCAAUGCAUAUUUUCACAUUAAAAAGCUCUGAAAAAUGAACAGUAUCAUCAUCGUCAACAGAUUUUUUUAAGCUUAAUGUCAAAGAUGUACACUUUUCAUUAGAUUUAUCUUAUUUUUUCCAUUUUUUUUUGUGUGUUGAAAUGCAACAACUGUUUAAACACUUUUAAGGGGAAAAACAUAUUUAAUAUGUUUUUAUACACUCAAAUGUUAGGGUGAUGAUCAUGUGUAAAACAUUAGUUCAGCAUGUCCUCUAACACAGCAAAUGAACAAACGGCCAGAUCUCAGGAGGGACCGUUUAUGUAUAAAUAAUUUUUAUACUUUUGACUAGGCCUGGGAAAGUAACAAAUUUUGCUGGACGAUAUUUUGUCCAACAAAUUGUUGAUGAUAAACGAUAUCAUUGUCAACAUUAUCUAGACCAAAAUAACCACUAAUAUAAUGUUAAUAUAUCAUAAUAAUGCAAGUACACCCUUUAAAAUGCAACAAAUAAACCUUCAUUUAACAUUGAAAUGUCCAGAACCAGAACUUCUAAAUGAAUAAAAAUAACAAACAAAAAUUAAAUAAAAAAGGAAUCUCACUCCCUGUUAGAAAAUGUUGCACCAAAAACAAUAAAAAAAAAGACCCAAAACAAUAAAUACGAUGGCCUAUCCGUUGUCAACAGCCAAAACUGCACUUCAAUAAGGAUGGAAAAAUUAUUGAGAUGGGCACGUGACGUGUCAAGGGGUCUUUACAUAACACCCCCCACCCCAAAUCCGCACAAGCCUGCUGUGUCCCCCCCACUUCUGAAAUCAAAAUUUCGUCCCUGGCGUGCGUGCUUGUCUGACAUGUUGGUGCUUCUGUAGUAGAAAUAGAUUUUUGCCGCUGGCGUCCGUAGCUGGUCCGAGGCUGCGGGAUGUGCAUCCAUCUUGUUGUUAUGACGCUCCUUUGUGGUUCUUUAACAAGCAGUGUGGAUCAUAAUGAAACUAGAGAAGAAAAGAUCAUCGGUAAACAUCUUUGGGCAAUUUAAAAAAUAUGUUAUUUUUCCACCAAACAGCCGAAUGCCUCCAGUCUGUAGACGAUUCUUAUUUCUAAUGUAAGAAAACUACUGAAUAUUUGGGUUUUUUAUUUAUUUAUUUAUUUUGCUUGUUUGUUUGUUUGUUUUUGUAUUUUUACUGUUACACACCAGCAGACCUGCUGCUCUUUUUGGUCAUUUGUUUAUUUGUUUUACAUCAUUUUUUUUAUUGAACACUAAUUGCUGCCGCUCAUCCAUCUGGGCGUGGCGUGAAAAGCAUUUUUUUAUUAUUAUUUUUUAUUAAUUAAAGAUCUUGGUUUAGUUCAACAUUAAUCAAUAAUAAUUUCACAGCCCAACACAAAAAUAGCUUUUUGAACAGCAAAAAAACCAAAUUAUACAUAAAGUUGUACUAAACCGUACGCGCCUUACUUGUAAAGUGCAAAAAAAAAAACUUACUCAGAUUACAUUACAAUUCAAAAAAUACUUUUUAUGCAACAAACUGAUCCUCGUCAGUUUCUAUUUAUGAUGCUCAAAUACACUUUGUACUGCUGUAGAUCCUUAAGGCUGCACUUACUUUACCUGAUGUGUCUGAAGAGGUUAUUGCACGUAUCAGGCUUCCAGAAUUCAAAGAUCCAGAAGAGUUUUCCUCUGAAGAGAAGAAGUCUGGAAAACACACCGUAGAGGAGUAAACAGCAGGUUGUGUUAAAUGGAUCUACUUAACCCUUUUAUUUCUGUGCCUGGCUGGAGUUUGGGUUCCUGCCCAGAUCAACAACAUGGAUCAUUUCCACAAUAAAGUCUAAUCAGCUGAAAAACUGUUGAAACUUUGAGAUGAGCUGAAUGCCACAAACAUCGUAUUCCAGCAAGAAGCUAGUCCUUAAUGCAAGUAAUCCACUUCCUGCAGAGGACAGGAUACCAAGACCGGACUGGCUUUAGUCUAAGAUUCAGUAAACACAUUUAGAACGUCACAAAGCUUCUUACAAACAUGUUUUUUUACCACCAAAGCGUUCCCAAACAGCCUUCUAGAUCAGCUCUAAUUGGUUUUUUUAACGUGGAAAAUCUCUGUAAUAAAACUUGAAGGCUUCUUCGUUCACGCUUGGUUGAACAGAGAGGAUCUUAUGUAAUCCUCCGACACCAUGCUUACUUCCACUGGCGAACGGCCUUUUAGAAGCAGCAGAGCUUAGAAACUCGGACGUUAACUCAAGCGAGGUUAUUUGCUUGGAUCGUGUUACCCUCCCCUUAACUCAGCCUGCCAUGUUUACCGUGUAAUUAAUUCUGUUUUACUCUCCCCGGGUGAUUACGGGUGUUAUUUUUGCCCCAUGGCCUCGUGGGAACGACUCUGCUGAUCGCUAAAACUUUAUUCGGUGGUUGACGUAAUUUAUUCAGAAGCUGAACUUCUAAUUGAAGCUUUUGUUUAACGAGCCUUCAGAAAAGUUGUGCUUCUUUCACUGGUUUUGUUGUUGGAGUCGCUGACUCGUCUGCAGCGUGAGACUAAUCAGAUCCGGGAUCUGGUCAGUAGUCUUGAUGCAUGGAGAUUCGGAUGCUUUUGUGUUUAUCCGUUAUGUUUGUCACCUUAGUAACUCAGGAGUUUUCCUUACUUUCUGUGAGUCUUCAUACUCACUGUGCUGGUUUUGCAUCUUGCACGCUGUUUGCCAAAAGAACAUAUUUGGAGAUGAUUUAAAAGAGUUAAAUGAAGAUUUUCUCAGGUUGUGUGUGCUCAUAAUUCAUCUUAAGUGUGAAUGUGUGCAGAUCUGAGCCACAGGUACGGUGUUUUAUGGUGGCAGCUAUCAAAAAUUUGUGUCCAUCAAUAAAAGUUGUGCUGUCGUAAAUGUGAA